UCGAUAAUCGGUGCUAGACUUCAUUAAUGCUGUCUCAUUUAGUUUAGUGAUAAUGGAGGAGUUGGGCUAUUCGCUAGCUUUCGAUGUUUUUGAUUCCAACUGACGAUGCGACAUAUAACUUAAAUAUAAAAUAUAUUUAACAUUUUGAGUCUAUACUUUUACAGAAUAUUUUAGAAAUGAGUGAACUUACUCCCGAAGAGCUUCGUAAGAAACGUCUAGCAAGAUUAGGCUGCUUAAAUUCAGCUUCUGGUGAUACCACAAACUCCAGUCAAAAUAGUCCUUCUAUAGGAGAUAGUUUAAACUCUCCUCUUUCAGCUACUGUUGCUAGAUCAACUCCUUCUGUUUCAACUGGUGCAUCUACAUCAGACAAUUCUACAUCCAAUUCUACAUUAUCAUAUAGUAGUGUGCCUUCUUUAAAAGAAGAUCAAAAAUUGAAUCAAAGUUCAGAAGAAAAUGCAAGUUCAGAAUGGUGUGAUUUUGAAGGAAGUGCUAAUAGAUCUGUAGACUGUCAGGAUAUUAAUAUACCUGGGGUUGGACAAUAUCAAAAGCAUUCAUCAAUAGAAUCACAAGGUGUUGAUGUUCAGACAAUGGAUACUGAUAAUGAUUCAUGUGAAAAAAGCUCAUUAUCACAAGUAGAUGUAGACUCUGGUAUAGAGAAUAUGGAAGUAGAUGAAUUAGAAAGAAAAGACAGUGGAAAAAGACAAAGAGAUUGCAGCACCAAUUGUGAUUUAACUGAAGAACAAGUUCACAAUGCUCUCAGUAGAAUAUUUUGUGUAAGUUGGAAAGAAGAGACAUCAAAUGCAAUUUUUCUUCCAAAUAUUGCCACUGCAUGCUAUCUGACACAAGAAGAAGGUUUAGGUAGCCAUAAAGACCUAAUUCAGCAAAUCAUAGUAGAUGUAUUGCUAAAUUUAAAACUGCAUCGAUGUAAUACUCUUAUAACGGGCCAGAAACACUCCUCCCUGUCACAUGGCUCUAAUAUUGGAAGCUCUUGUGGAAAUCUUUUACCAACUCCUCCCACAGAAAUUGGAACCAUUUGUCAUGUUGAAAAUUGUUCUGAGAUGGAAAUGAUAACUUAUUUAAUGGAAUGUUAUGCAAGAGUUAGUGUAGAAGAAAGAAAUUCACCAAGACGAGCGAGUGUUCCACCGUUAAGUGAUGUAUUAACUGAUGUUAGGACUCAGUGUGUUCAGCAUACGUUGACAGUGAUCCAAGGUGUAUUUACAACACCCAGGCCAUCAUCAAAGCCUUCUUUACUAUUGCCUUACUUGCUGACACAAAGUUUUCCAAGAAGUUUCUUGUCUGAGUUAGUUUGUGUAGCAUAUCAAGACCAAGAAACAUUUAAAGCUGUAUUUGUACCAUUAUUACAUAGUUUACUUCAUGUAAUGAGACAAUGUUCUUUGGAAUCUGAUAAUUUUAAACAACCAUUAUUAGCACUAACAGAAUUAUGUGAAAUACGUUGUGGUUUAAGUGGGAGUAAUAGACCAAUUUGCACAUUGCUAGUUGAAGAUAAAUUAUGGAUACCAGAAGCAAUUUCUCAAGCUUUAGGUCGUGAAGUUGCAAAACUUUCUUUCAUGGGACCUUUUCUCAGUUUAUCUGUAUUUGCUGAAGAUAAUCCUAAAAUAGUAGAUAAAUAUUUUUCUGGAAGCACUUUAACUCCUGAUAAUACACGACUUAUAAAUCAAUCCCUGCAACAUUUUCUUGAAUUUUCAAGGAAUGAAAUUUUCAGAGUCUUUCAUGCUGUACUAGUUAAUACAGGAAGUAGGGAAGGUGCUCUCAAUUAUAUUGGAGCUAUUUUACAAGCAAAUGAGAAAAGAGCACAGCUUCAGAGUGAUGAACGCUUUGUGGCUGGUGAUGGAUUCAUGAUAAAUUUAUUAUCGGUUUUGCAUCAGCUAUCAGUAAAAGUGAAGCUAGAUAAGGUUGAUCCAUAUUAUCCUUAUCAUCCUAGAAGUAGAAUAGAUAUUAAAAAUGAAAGUAGAAUAAAAUGUACUAGUCUGGAUGCUACUACUUGGACUGAAGAAAUGAGUAAAAGUGGUAGCCAUUCUUGGCAGGAAAUAAAAUUUCCUACCGAAUGUUUCUUCCUCACACUACACUGCCAUCACUUGGCCAUCAUUCCAGCUAUUCGUCGUUAUGUCCGUAGACUUAGAGCCAUUCGUGAUUUACAGAGACUUGCAGAGGAGAUUCAGGCUGUGGAAUACAUGUGGCGUUAUUUACCCACUGCAGACAGAAAUAGGCAGCUUGUUAAAAAAUGGAAAUCUCAAGCCAAAAAACUUGGAAAAGGAAAAGCUUGUGCUGAUGCAGGUUUGUUAGAUGAAGUGUUACUGCGCCGUUGCAUACAAUUUUAUUCAAUGGUAGCUGGUUUACUGUUGAAAGUGAUAUCAGGUCCCAAUGAAAUUACAUUGCCAUUACCAACAAAUGUGCCACAGACAUUUGCUGCAUAUCCAGAUUGGUAUAUUGAAGAUAUUGCUGAUUUUCUGCUGUUUGCCAUACAAUAUUUGCCACAAGUAGUUGAGACCAAUAUUACUCAGGAACUUCUCACUCUUUUGGUGGUUCUGGUGUGUUCGCCUUAUUAUGUGAACAAUCCAUAUUUGAUAGCAAAGUUGGUAGAAGUUAUGUUUAUGGCAAAUCCAUCCAUUCAGCCAUACACAGGAAACUUGCAUACUCGUUUACUCUCUCAUCCAUUAGCAGAACAUCAUCUUUCAUUAGCAUUGAUGAAAUUUUAUACAGAUGUUGAAACCACAGGUGCAACAAGUGAAUUUUAUGAUAAAUUCACAAUUCGUUAUCAUAUCAGCAUCAUAUUCAAGAGCCUGUGGAUAAGUCCUGUACAUAAACAAGCUGUCAUCAGGGAAUCUGCGACUGGUAAACAGUUUGUUAGAUUUAUUAAUAUGCUUAUGAAUGAUACAACAUUCCUGUUAGACGAAAGUUUAGAAACUUUAAAGAGAAUUCACGAAGCUCAAGAAGCAAUGGAAAAUAAGCAGAGUUGGCAUCAGCAACCUCAUGAAGCACAACAAACUCAGCAGAGACAGCUAGCAACAGAUGAGCGGCAAUGUCGCUCAUACCUUACUCUAGCUAGAGAGACUGUAGACAUGCUUCAUUACUUAACUGAUGACAUAAAAGAACCUUUCUUGCGUCCAGAAUUAGCAGAUAGACUAGCUGCCAUGUUAAAUUUUAAUUUACAACAAUUGUGUGGUCCCAAGUGUAAAAAUCUGAAAGUGAAAAAUCCUGACAGAUAUGGAUGGGAACCAAAAAAGUUGCUUGAUCAACUCACUGAUAUCUACCUCCAUUUGGAUUGUGAUCAGUUUGCUCAAGCUAUUGCAUCUGACGAACGGUCAUAUCGACAAGAGUUAUUUGAAGAUGCAAUUUCUCGAAUGAAGAAGGCGAUGAUCAAAACGGACAUGCAAAUACAUCAAUUUCAAGAUUUAUCAAGUCGUGUUCAGAAAUUUGUGAUACAAAAUCUGAAGCAGGAAAUAGAUUACAGUGAUGCACCUGAAGAAUUUAGAGAUCCUCUUAUGGAUACUUUGAUGGAGGAUCCAGUCAUAUUGCCCAGUGGCACGAUAAUGGAUCGACCAAUCAUCGUUCGCCACCUGCUCAAUUCCAGCACGGAUCCAUUUAAUCGGCAGCAUUUAACUGAAGACAUGUUGAUUCCAGCAACUGACCUGAAGAACAGGAUUCAAGCAUGGAAACAAUCCAAGCAGGAUAAGUACAGAUUACCUCUUCAUUAAUGAUGAUUUACCUAAAAAUUUGGAAGUGACCAAAAUUCAAAUGGACCAGAAUAAAUAAAUAAAUAAAAAGCUUUCACUUAGUGUGGCUGUACACUAUCAACAACAGACGUAGUAUAUGUGAUUUAUGUGGAGUCUCAUUAUAGUAAAGAGUUUUUACAUUUAAGCAAAAUCCAAUAUGUGUACUGUAUCACAAUUGACAGUACAAUAAAUACAGUAUACGUCUGAUUUUGUAUUUUAUGGACUCAAUCUGUUGUUUUGUAAAUUAAAUAAGAAAUGUCCCAAA